GGUUUCUUCGGGAGAUAUUAGUCAAAUGAAUAAUAUGUUAGUAUCUUUGAUGCGAUAUUAAUGAAAUAGACGGCAUGAGAUACGAGUGAAAUACAUAAGAUAUUAGCAUAUGCUACGAGAUAUUAGUAAAACAGAUAGUAUUACACUUUGCUUUUUCUUUUUAGCUAUCAAACCUCAAGCGGGUCAAACCACACCGACUACCAGAGCACCAAUAACAACUAUCCAAGCUCAAGGUCUUUGCACUAACAAGUUACAGCUUGUAAUAUUUUUGGAAAAUUUUGGUGCAGGCACAUCUGAAUAUUCUUCAGCAACUCCAGCUAGUUUGGGUUUCACUACUACUUACACGGAGCAAAGUAGACCUACCCCCGAUGGUUCAUAUGCCAUCGUCAAUGAUGUUCCUCAUGAUUAUGGCAGUUGGAUAAAUGGUACCGAUCACACUGGUAAUGGUAAAGGGGAUGGCUAUAUGAUGUUGGUUAAUGCUGCUGGUAAUCCCGGUGAAGUUUUCAGACGUACCGUUUAUAAUUUAACUCCUGGAUCCCGCUAUCAGUUUUCGGCUUUUAUAUCUAACAUAAAUUACGGGUCUAAUUUGAUAAAACCUAACAUCAACUUUGAAAUUAGAACCACUGCAAAUGAUUUGCUGGCAAUGGCGUCCUCUGGCGAUAUACCUGAGACGCCGACUCUUACGUGGAAGGAAGUGGGUAUCUCGUUUGUGUCACCCUUGACGUCCGUCAUAGUGGUAAUGGUCACAAAUUCUCCGGGUACUGGUGGAAAUGACUUUGUUGUGGAUGAUAUAUCACUACGUGUGUGUCAAGGGGCUCAAACCGCACCGGCGAUCACAGCACCAAUAACAAGUAAGAGGGAUUGUAUCUUUACAGCUGAAAGAGUUUUGAAUCUUGACAUUCGUUCCCUUGUUCAAGAGGAGUGUUAG